GUUUGGAGGUCCCUUCUUCUGUAAGUGAGGUGAGAGAAGGAUUGAUUCAGAAGUCCAAAUAAAAUUAAAUUAAUGGAAGCAAAACAUGAGCUCUCUUUCAGGACGCCAAUCUUAGCCUUCAGCACCAGCUGAAACAGAAAUCUGUAUUUAGAGCAAUCAGCUGUGAAUCCCAUUUAUUCUGGAAAUAUCCUGUGCAGUUUGUGUAUCUUCUGCUCUGGUCCUCCACUUCUUCCAGCAUCCACCCUCACAAUGAGACAGCUGGUGAGAGCAAGAGGGAGACAGCUCAAGGUGGGUAGAGAAGACAGGUAAAGAUUGCACUUCAUACAAAUGAAAAUGAACCAGAGCUGCUCUCAUUCACAAGACACAAGAUACUGCUGAGGCCAAUACUUGAAAACAUGAUGCAUUAAAUACUUUGUUUUAAUAAAAUACAUAUUCUUCUGGCCAUAAAUAAAGCUUUUGAUAGUGAGGUCUAGGAAGAUAUUACAACGUCGAUGAGUAAUUUCUCUAGUAAAUUCUUAGGGGUCUUCAUGUCUCUUUUCCUGAUGUGCUGAAUCUGACACUGUCUAGAAAUUUUUUUGUUGCAUAUAGGAAUUAAUUCUCCAAGCCUUACUGACAUUGAAAAUAUUAUUCCCUUGGCACUGAUGGAAGGUUCUGCAUGGUAGGUAUCUCAACUAACCUCUGCAGUGCAAGGCUGGGCCCCAUGGGCACAGCAGUGCUGCAUUCAGGACUUGGGGUAUUCUGCAUUGUGAUCCAGCCAGGGCUGCAGACAUCAUGCAAACUUUCCAAGCAAUGCCAAACAGUUCCCCACCCCAGACUGGUACCUGCCCUGUGCUUUCCAUGCAAGGCUGCACGGCAUGGCAUGCACUCAGUCCUCUGGUGUUCCGGGAAGCAGGGCCUGGGCAGCUGGUGCUGGGGCAGGAAGAGGGACUGGUAAGGUGGUUGAUCCUCCAGCUUCUGCAAGGGUGACUGCUGCUCAUCCUGCCACUGCUCCCUGUCCCUGGCUGUAACAGGGGAUGUGCUUCCCUACACCUGCCGCACCCUCAGGUGCCAUAAUUCCUGAUCCCUCGGCAGGUUUUGCCUUCAUUUAAGGCAUUUAUUGCCUUCAGAUUGACCUGAGCCAUCCCCUAGGUGAAGGGAGACACUCUAGAAAGAGCUGAGCAUGUUAAACGAGAGCAAAAUGCCUGCUGUUACCUUAGUGCCGGUGGAUGUGGCUGUAGGAAGCUUUGGCAGAUCACCCGCUGCUCCGUCCUUUCCUGGCUGGUCUUGGUGAGCGGCAGUACUCUUCAGUCCUCCUGCUUCAAGAAAAUCCCCCUUGGUAAAAUCCCAUCCUCUGCUUGCAGGAUAUAAAGCCUGGGUCUAAAAGAGCCUCACAGAGAGGGAAGUUGCUCUUCUUUGGUAGUUGUACUAACAGGACUGGGGAAGGGAUUUUAACCGGGGAGAUUUGCUGCACUAUGGCUGAGCUCUAAUUCCUUUGCUGAAGGCUAUUACGAUGCUGCAGUAGCAUGUCCAUUGCUUCUAUUCAUCUGGGAGCUCACCAGGCCCAGCCUCUUCAGCCCUAUUGCUCUGGAAACAUUGCUGGAGGCAGGCAGGAAUGUCAGAGCUGUUCUCCGUGUUCCUCCCCACUUGCUCUUGCUUUGGUUGGGAACUUUGUUUUCCAGGCUGGCAGCCAGGCCGGAAAAGCACCAACAACAGCUCAGGAGGCCAGCACAAGCAUCCCCAUCGGGUGGGAAGGAGCAGUGCCUGUGGCUCUCAGUGGCACUGCACAUCCAUGCCAAUGGCUUUUCCUAGACCUUUGUGAGCACCACACUGCCAUUCCUGGGGACAAGGGGCCCUCCAAAUUUAACAUAACCUGAGCUCAGUCCAGUGGCUGCCCAAAGGCCCUGUUUCAGCAGAUGUGCCUGGCAGGAGCAGCGGUGCUUGAUUUAUGUCAGAUUUCACGCUGUUGGCCCACAAUACAAGAUGUAUCUUUGACCUCUGGUGCCUACAUUUUGCUCAGGGCAUGGAAGAGGGGAAGAAAGAGGCUGCUCUAACUGGCAGGUUCUCCCAACCAUGUGUCCUUCCAGCAGCUAUGUGGGUGUCAUGGGGAUUGAAGUUUUUAAUAAGCGACCGUGACAGAGACCCGCAGUGUAACCUGCACUGCUCCAGGUCCCAGUCCAAAGCGCUGUGUGCCUCUGACGGCAGAACCUACGAGUCCAUGUGCGACUACCAGAGAGCCAAGUGCCGUGAGCCGAGCCUGAGCGUCACACAUCGUGGCCGCUGCAAAGAUGCUGGUCAAAGCAAGUGUCGAUUAGAGCGAGCUCAAGCGCUGGAACAGGCAAAGAAGCCUCAGGAAGCAGUCUUCAUCCCAGAAUGCAAUGAGGAUGGAUCUUUCAUGCAGGUGCAGUGCCAUACCUACACUGGAUACUGCUGGUGUGUGACACCUGAUGGAAAGCCUAUUAGCGGCUCUUCUGUACAGAACAAAACUCCUGUAUGUUCAGGUUCUGUAACUGAUAAACCAUCGAGCCAGGGUAAUUCGGGAAGGAAAGAUGAUGGUUCGAAGCCAACGCCUACCAUGGAAACCCAGCCUAUUUUCGAUGGAGAAGAAAUCACAGCACCCACCCUUUGGAUUAAGCACUUGGUCAUCAAAGAUUCCAAAAUGAACAGCUCUAAUAUAAGGAAUUCAGAAAAAGUUCACUCCUGUGACCAGGAGAGGCAGAGCGCCUUGGAGGAGGCCAGGCAGAACCCCCGGGAGGGUAUCGUCAUCCCCGAGUGCGCUCCUGGAGGACUUUACAAACCAGUGCAAUGCCACCAGUCGACUGGGUACUGCUGGUGUGUCCUGGUGGACACGGGACGUCCCCUGCCUGGUACUUCCACACGGUAUGAGACCCCAGUGUGUGAAAGUGAUGCCAGAUCGAAGAGCACAGAGAUUGAUGAUCCCUUCAAGGACAGGGAACUUCCAGGCUGCCCAGAAGGGAAGAAAGUUGAAUUUAUUACCAGCUUACUUGAUGCUCUGACUACAGACAUGGUACAGGCUAUUAACUCAGCAGCACCUACUGGGGGUGGGAGGUUCUCUGAGCCAGACCCCAGCCACACACUAGAGGAGCGAGUGGUACACUGGUAUUUCAGCCAGCUGGACAACAACAGCAGCAAUGACAUCAACAAGCGGGAGCUAAAGCCUUUCAAGCGUUAUGUGAAGAAGAAAGCCAAGCCCAAGAAAUGUGCCCGGCGUUUCACUGACUACUGUGACCUCAACAAGGACAAGUCCAUCUCGCUUCAGGAGCUGAAAGGGUGUUUGGGAGUCAGCAAGGAAGGAGGUAGCCUGAGCAGUUUGCCCAAUGGAAAAAGACAAGGCCUUAACCCUUUCAUAGGUCGCCUGGUGUAGCAGCAGAAGACAAGAAGGGAAGGCAGGAGCUGACCCAAAGGAAGAAGAGAUCCAGUGACAGACGGACAGACACCUUGCUGCUUGUGAGCAAGCACGCAGCAGCAGCAACAUCCAGCGUAGCAGAAGUGGCACCCAGAACGUUUGCACUUUUAAAAAAUUGGUUUGGAUUUUUUUUAAUUGCUUUUCAAUGCCAUUAUCUAAUACUUUGGAAAGUGGAGGGAAGCAGGAUCAUGACUUUUUAAAAUUGGAACAGCUACUGAUGAUGUAAAAUUGAGUUCACUGGAACUCAGAAUUUUAUAUACUGUAUAUAAAUAUAUAUGUAAAUUGUA